CCGGCGGCUAGCGCCACUGGACGGCUUCCGGGAGGCUCUUCCGUGUGUGCGGCGGCCCGGGCAAGAUGGGCAAAGUGAGGGGGCUGCGAGCCCGUGUGCACCAGGCCGCAGUGCGGCCCAAGGGGGAGGCUGCGCCCGGCCCCGCGCCCCCCGUCCCGCACCCGGAGGUGACCYUGCCGCCCGCCUCGGCCGGCGUCGCGGGGGCAAAGGACUGGGCGUUCAUCCACACUGACAUCUUUGCCAAGACCCAGAUAGACCCCAGUGCUUUGGUGCAGAGUCUGGAGCUGGACCAGAGGAGCCUCGCCUCCCUCAGGAAAGGUGCUGAGGCAAAGGCCAUUUUGCCCAAGAAGGAGAAGCUGAGGCUGCGUAGGGAGCGAUGGCUGCAGAAAAUCGAAGCCAUAAAGCUGGCAGAGCAGAAGCUCAAGGAGGAGCGGAGACGCAGGGCCACGGCUGUGGUGGGGGACCUGCACCCCCUAAGGGACGCCCUGCCCGAGCUUCAGGAGCUGGAGGCAGGCAGGCGGCAGCAAACCAGAGGCAGGGUGAGCAGCAAACCCAGGCCAGCCGAGCUCAGCCGGAUGAGUGCAGCCCAGAGACGGCAGCUGCUUGAGGAAGAAAGGACCCGGUUUCAAGAGCUGCUGACCAGCCCUGCCUACAGAGCCAGCCCCCUGUUGGCCAUAGGGCAGCAGCUGGCUCACCAGAUGCAGCUGGAAGGUGGCAGCCAGCUCUGACAAGGGCAGUGGUGUGCUGUGAGCUCUGAGGGACGCACAUAUGGACAGAGGUACCCAGAGAGGGCUAUCUGCCUCUGACUGUCCCCUGAGCCUAGAUGGACAUCCUCUCCCAGGUCUUUGAAAACAGUCUUUGAAACAAACGGAGGACUUCAUGGAUUCCUUCCUAUGCGUCACCAGGCCCUUCCCAUGGGUCCACUUCCACUUUGGAAUCUCCUGCAUUUCCUACAGCUGGGCUGACCCUAGGACAGCUGCCCCACCUCCCCUCAGGACAAGCCACACCUCACCUCCAGGCUGGGCUCCACGCUCCUAUGGUAGACACCAGUGGGUUUGCCAGGCCUGCACUCAGACCACUUGGACGUCACCAAGAGGCACCACCGAUGCCCUGCUGCAGCCACAGCACAUCUGGAAAAGGAAUCUCACUGCAGGUGACUCUGAUCACAGGGAAGGCCCAAGGACAGCGCCUGCUUGGUGAGCUCCUCCACAGACGCAGCCCACAGGUCCCCGGUGCUGUGCAACCCCGUGGGCUCUCCCUCAGCAGCCGCCCUCCCUCCUACGUGGGCCUCAUCGUCUGUGGGCUGCAAGCUGUGCUCUGUGAACUUAGGCACAGAUGGCCUUGCACAGAGGCUCCCCGUGACAAGAACAGAUGGGCACUGUGGACAGGCCUGUGAGGGUGCACACAGCUCAGUGGGGCUCGGUGGCUGGGUUGCAGGUGGCCAUGUCUUCCUCGUGAUAGUUGGUACAGCCCGAGGUGUCUUCCUGGGGAAGGUGUAUUCAUGAUGUGCUAUUUUAAGAGAGAGCUCCUGGCUUCCUGGUCUUCAAUGCUUUUGUCUAACCUGGCUGUCCUGGCCCGUGGCCACCUCUGGUGAUGCACCUAUCAGGGCUGGGGGCCCUGUCUUCUGCCUGGAAACCAGGGCUACCUUGGGAGAGCAGACCACAGGCUGUGAAGCCAGCCUCCAGUUUGCUGGGAACAAGGAUAGGAGCCAGGGUCCUGGGACAUGGGACAGACUUAACAGAAGAGGAGCUAAACGGGCACCCCCUUGCCUGCGUGGGCCUCUCGGUCGCCCAACAGAGUGGGGUGUUGCCUCUCUCUUCACAGGAGCAGAGCCCCUGUCACCCAGUGUUGUGCCGCUGGGGCACCUCGUGGAGGCAGGGUCUCUGGGCAGGGUAGGUCAGGCUGUUCUUCCCCAAGUAGCCCGCCACUUCCCCAGCCACCCGUGAGGAGGGCGCUGGGAUCUGAGCGUGCUGCAGCAGCUGGUCUGGGUCACCUCUGUCUUCAUAAAAUGAAUAUGAAGGUUUUUAGUGAGGUUAAGGGAAGAAGCCUCUGUUCAGUUGUUUUCGUGAAUAGACCCUGGAGCCCUGAGUUCCGAUUUAAAGGGUAAAUAGCAGAUAAAAGCCCUCUGAGGCCCAGCAAGGCCAUGAGGCCUCCCUAACAGGCAGAGGCUGCAGACCCUGCUUGGGACGCCUCAUCAGGCACAGCACUGGCCCACACACAGUGGGGAGGCGCAGGCAUGUGUCUCCUAGAGAGGGGGUGCCUGUAGGGCGGGCAGGGUGCUGCCGGAGUGGGACCUUAGUCUUCAGAGGCUUGUGCUGUGGGAGGAGGUCAGGUCUGGGGUCAAGCCCUUGAAGGAGUGUCAGGACCCCAGCCCUCCUCUCCUCUGUCACCUUCCUGGCCACUGCGAGGUGAGCAGGCCCAGAGCACAGCCAGGCGGCCAUGCGUGAAACGAUGGGACAGAAGGAGCCCCUCCUUCCAAGUUCCUUCUUCCAGGGUUCUGUCAGCAAGGUACAGCUGACGAUGCCUCCCUGGAGGAAGGGGCCCACACAGUGGGGUCUCUAGGCGGGCCCACACAGUGGGGUCUCUAGGCAGGCCCAGGCCAUCGCCCAGCACCCCUCUGUCCUGAGCUGGGCUCACCUGCCCAUGGAAGGGAACUUGUGGAGGUCUGGGGAAGGGAGGUGAGGGGACCAGGACCCAGCACCCUGGACACACCAUCCUCAGGAAGCAGCCUCUGACCACUGCAGGCCCUUCUCCCUGCUCUGGCAGCCAUGUCCCAGUCACCAGCUGCCUGACGAGCAGCAUGGCAGACUUCAGGCAGCCUGGGGCUCUGCCUCCCCACCCCCAUCUCGGGGGGGCUCCCUUGCUGAAAAGCGCCCUGGGACUGCCAUGGCAGAUGACGACACCUUGGCCCAGGAUAGGGUCCCGCUCCAGUACACCCGUGUGUUGUGUGGCAGAUGCUGAGGUCAGAACUGCGUUCAGUGCCCACUGGCAGCCAUGGCAGGUGCAGGACACCCAGGUCACUGAGGUGCACGUUUCCCUGUGGCUGGACAGGGCCUGGGGUCCUCAGGCUGCCCUCUCUGCAUGGCCAUCAGGGGACAGCGCCUCUGCUUCUGGCUGCUGGUGUUGCUGACAGCCGGGUGUCCCGUGGCUCCAGCCAUAUCCUGUGUCUGUCUGGUCUUAGCACACCACUCAGCCUCACUCCUCGUGAUCUCAUCUUAACCAGUCAUGUCUGCAGUAACUCCCAUUUCCAAAUUUGGUCACAUUCUGAGGUCUUUGGACAUGAAAUUUGAAGAUGUCCUUGGGUUGGGGGUGUCUUGGGUCCCAGAACUUUUUUUUUGUACUGAGGAUGGAUGGAACCCAGGGGCGUUUUACACUGAGCCGCACCCCAGCCCUUCCUAUUUUUUGAGAUGACGUCUCACUAAGUGGCUGAGGCUGGUCUGGAACUUUUAAUCCUCUUGCCUCAGCCUCUGAGAUUACAGGCGAGCACCACCAGUCCCGUGGGCCCUGCAGUUCUAGAAGCCCCCAUCCCUGGCUGGUGACACAUGGCUUGGUGGGGCAGGGAAGAAAGGUGUUGGUGACGCAGGCGAGGACCUACAUGGAGCAGAGCUGGGCUUGGGGUUGUGGGGAGGGGCCCUGCCAGAGGGGCUGGGCUGGGAGGCAGGACUCUCUCUUUGAGGUUGAGCACCUCCCCGCCCUUUCCCAGCACCCUGCACACCUGCACGCCUGUGCCUGAAGGUUCCCUGCUGGCUGUGUCCCUUCAUUCCUGAGGGCACAGACCCGCAGUGUAGGGUACCUAGAAGGGGUGCUGCUGGGUGAGUGAGUGGAGGGCUGGGUGGCCAUGCCCUGCACCUGGCUCCCACGUCCCCAGCAGCCCUCCCCCAUGGUCUCCAUCCACCUAGAGCCUGGCCUCCUUCCCUGCUGUCAGGGCCAUGAGCCAACUAGGGCACCCAGGAGGAGCAGGUGGGUUAUCCCAGCAGGGGUCUUGGAGGAGGUGGAGGGGGGCCAGGUGGCACUGCUGCAGCUUGUACCUUGCACUGGGGGUGGCCUGGAAGCAGCAGGGCCUGUGCCCCAGCCCUGAGGGGUUGGCCUGCCUGGCUUCACACUUCCACACUGAAGUUUGUAGAGGCAUGACCACCCUGUCCACACAGGCUUUGUUCAGAAGAGGCUGUCUCUGGCUCGUCCACCCCAGCCUGAGCCACAGCAUGGCUUUUGAGUGAAGGCUAACGAGACAUCACCAGACUUGUCCUGGGCAGGUGGGCAAUGGCCCGCAGCACAGCUGGAGGUGGGCAAGACACCCACACUGACGCGGCUCCCAAGCUGGGAUCAGGCCUGGGUGGAUAUGCCCGUGAGGCUCCUGUGCUGUUCGGGAGCCAAGUGCUGAUACACAGCAGGCAUGUUGCUUCUGGAAUGUUCCUUGUGCAGUGAUAACAUCAUCCGAAACUUUGGGAGGUGCUGGCUGCCACCCAGGUCCUGCCUGCAUGUGACUCCCUGGGAUACCAGGCCUCCAGCCUCCAGCGUGUUCUCCACUGCAGCCUGUGACCUGGCUUGGGUUUCUGAGGAUGCAAGGAGCUGCAGGCUGGCAGAUGGCAGGAGGUGGCCUUGCUACCUUCCUCUGAAGCCCUGCUCCUGGGGCAUCUGGCCUUGGUUCCUCAACAGACCUUGGCCCUAUUGUAAAGUCAACGAGUCCCAGUUGGGCUGUAUUUUUCUUCUAAAGGUGUGAAAAUGUGAGUUAAAACAGUAA